CACUCAUAACUCAUAAGCUUUCUUCGCCACCUUCAAUGGCUGUUUCCGGUUUUGAAGGCUUUGAAAAACGCCUAGAGCUUGAAUUCUCCUGUCAUGAUCCGGUUAUCGGCAUCGGUCUCCGGGAACUUGACUUCAAAUCACUUGAACAAGUGCUUCAUCUAGUACAAUGUACUGUUGUUUCUGCACUUGGCAACCAACACUUUGAUUCUUACGUACUUUCAGAGUCAUCGCUCUUUGUUUACCCUACUAAGAUCAUCAUCAAAACAUGUGGCACCACACAACUCUUGAAAUCUGUUCAACCCUUCAUUCAUCUUGCUCGAACUCUUAAUCUUCACAUUGUUGCUCUUCGUUACACGCGUGGAAGCUUUAUAUUCCCACAAGCACAACCCCACCCUCACACUAGCUUCCAUGAAGAAGUUGUCUAUUUGGAGGACAACAUUCCUGCAAAUCUGUGUUACAGAAAGGCUUCUGUGAUCCCCUCAAAGCUCACUUCUCAUUCAUGGCAUGUGUUUUCUGCUGCAGUUGUUGAAUAUUCUGAUGAUAUUCUAUACACUGUUGAGGUGUGCAUGACGGAUCUUGAUCAAACCCUAGCUCGAAAGUUUUUCCGGCAUCCAAACGAUGGGAAAAAUGGUGAUUCUGCUGGAAGAGAGAUGACGGAAGCAACAGGUAUUAAUCGUAUUAACCCUAAUGCGCAGAUAUGCGAUUUUGCUUUUGAUCCAUGCGGCUAUUCCAUGAAUGCUAUUGAUGGUGACCGCUACUCGACUAUUCAUGUGACACCUGAAGAUGGAUUCAGCUAUGCUAGCUUCGAGUGCGUUGGAUCAGUCUAUGAUGGUGAUAUAGCUGACAUGGUGAAGAAAGCGGUGAAAGUUUUUUGUCCAGGAACUGUUUCGGUUGCUACAACGAGUGCCAGUAACGACAUGUGCCUGAGAAUGAAGAAUGCGGUUGAGCAGCUCGGAAUGAAAUGCCGGAGUUGGAGUAUGGAUGAGUUUCCGGCAGCCGGGACGGUGGUGUUUCAAACAUUUACAACUCGCCGGAAUAGAAUAUGAUAGAAAAAGAGAAACAUGAGGGGCCAGUGGAGUAUGAGGAUGGUGUUAUGAUUUUGCAUGAGUGAUAACAAUGUGCAUGUUAUAGGAUGGUGGGGUUGACUUGUGUAAAAAAAUAUUUUAAAAUCCAAAAAAAGAAAAAAAAAAUUAGAGAGGAUCUUGAUAUGGAAAAAUUUUAAGGGGAUUGUUCAUCUGCAUCAUGAUAAUGUAACCCACUUUGGCUUGUCACGCCUAAGAUUUUGAAGAAUGUGUUUUCUAGUGGAAAAUAUUUUGGUUUUUUAUUA